GACGAAUUGGCGAGGAAGAACACUGCGUCUCAUCGUUUCAGAGCUCUGUGAUGGCGGCGACCUCUUCUGUAUCGUCGUUGUCAUCCCUUUUUAAUCAACCACAAAGUGCGUUUCGCGUCAGAAUCCAAAGCUGCCGUUGUUUUAAACUUAAUCUCAUCCCUCUUACCCCAAAUUCAUAUCGAUUUUCAUCUUAUUCUCCUCCAAUUCCACGGCCACUCAGGCGGAGUUUUUACCUAAAUCAUGCCAGGACAUUCUGCCAUUCUCACCCUCCCCUCUACAAGAAAUCUGAUGCCCCUAGUCUUCGAGACUUUAUGGCUCGGUCUGCGCUCACCGCUUCUGAAAUUCAACCGGGCGCUGGAUCGGCUUCGGAAGUUCUUCCAAGAGGUCGUAUUUACCAUGAAACUUAUGGAUGCCAAAUGAAUGUUAAUGACAUGGAGAUUGUCCUGUCUGUCAUGAAGAAAGCUGGAUACGAUGAAGUGGUAGAUGUUCCAGAGAGUGCAGAGAUAAUUUUUAUUAACACUUGUGCCAUUAGGGAUAAUGCAGCAAAGGUCUGGCAGAGACUUAACUAUUUCUGGUUUCUUAAAAGACAGUGGAAGAGCAAUGUCUCCAUUGGAAGGUCACAGUCUUUGCAUCCUCCAAAAGUCGUCGUCUUGGGGUGCAUGGCUGAACGGUUAAAGGAUAAGAUACUUGAUACAGAUAAGAUGGUUGACGUUGUCUGUGGGCCUGAUGCGUACAGGGACUUACCACGGUUAUUGGAAGAGGUUGACUAUGGUCAAAAGGGGAUCAACACUCUUCUUUCCCUCGAAGAAACUUACGCUGAUAUCAGUCCAGUUAGGAUUUCAAAGAAUUCAGUCACUGCAUUUGUCUCUGUAAUGAGGGGAUGCAACAACAUGUGUUCAUUUUGUAUUGUUCCUUUCACUAGAGGACGGGAGCGAUCACGUCCUGUGGAAUCAAUUGCGAGAGAAGUUGGUGAGCUGUGGGAGGACGGUGUGAAAGAGGUAAUGCUUCUAGGUCAGAAUGUGAAUAGCUACAAUGAUGCUUCUGGGAGUGGGAGUGACAAAGAUAUUGGACCAGGAGCCAAUUGGAAGUAUAGUGAAGGAUUUUCCAGCAUGUGCAAGGUGAAAUCGACGGGUCUGCGCUUUUCUGAUCUCCUGGACCGACUAUCUACAGAAUUUCCUGAGAUGCGUUUCAGAUAUACAUCCCCACAUCCUAAAGAUUUCCCAGAUGAGUUCCUGUAUCUAAUGCGAGAUAGAUAUAACAUCUGCAAAAGUAUCCAUUUACCUGCACAAACAGGGAGUACAACUGUCCUCGAAAGAAUGCGUCGAGGAUACACCCGUGAAGCAUAUUUGGAUCUUGUGCAAAAGAUAAGAAGCAUUGUUCCUGAUGUUGGGAUAAGCAGUGAUUUCAUAUGUGGAUUUUGCGGAGAAACAGAGGAGGAACAUGCUGAGACAUUAAGCCUCAUACAGGAAGUUAGUUACGACAUGGCAUAUAUGUUUGCAUAUAGCAUGAGGGAGAAAACGCAUGCCCAUAGAAAUUAUGUUGAUGAUGUCCCAAAUGACAUCAAGCAGAGACGGCUGACUGAGCUCAUUGAGGCAUUCCGCGGGACAACAGGUCAGUGUUACGAUUCACAAAUUGGAACCAUUCAACUUGUGUUGGUUGAAGGACCAAACAGGAGAGCUCCUGAGACGGAGCUUAUUGGCAAGAGUGACAGGGGACAUAGAGUUUCAUUUGUUAAUGUUCCAGUUCCGCAUUCAGAUAAAAAUUAUGAGCAAAUGAUGCCUAAAGUUGGUGAUUAUGUAGAAGUCCGCAUAUCGAAAUCAACUAGGGCAUCUUUGUUCGGGGAAGCACUGGCUGUAACAACCUUGAGCUCAUUUUACAACAAAAUGGAUGAUGUAAAUGUUGCCUGUGCAAAUAGAAUUUAGAAACUUAUUGAAAUCAACAAGAGCGUCUUUGUUCGGGCAAACAUUGGCUGUAACAAACGAACAAUGUUGAGCUCAUUUUACUGCAUAAUGGAUGAUGUAGAUGUUGCCUGUGCAAACAGAACCUAAAAACUUGUUCUCUAAUGGGUAUUGUUAGUUUUUUAUUCUCCCAAUGUAAAUGAAGGAAGACUACCUGAAGUGUUUGAUGGCCUCAGAUCUGUCAAACUUGUUA